GGAGCCAACGCAUCCAUUUAAGGCCACAUCUUAAACAUCUCUCUCUGUGUGCAGGCAAGGUGCGUUCUUUCUCUACGACACCACCUCAGUGCUUCAUCUAGGGAUCGAUGAUGAAGCUCCAGAAGCUUCCUCUCCGCCCUCCCAUUCCUCCUCCUACCACAACCAUCAUCAGGAGAUGUGAAGCGGUUCGAGCAGCAGCGGCCGACGAGGGAGGCGGUAGCAGCAGCGGCACGGGCACGGGCAGUAGAAGAGCUAAUCUUUGUGCGCAGCGGAAGGAGAGGAUCAAGCUCCCUCCCGACUACCACUACGGGGCUGCUACGACUACUACUAGUACCAGUGGAAGUGCUUUUCUCUUCAGCGACUUCCUCCGCCACCCCUCCGGUGUCCAAGCUCUGCUCAACUCCCGUGCCCUCCAAAGCUUUGAGCCUUUGGACUCGAACACCUACAGUUCUUGCAGGUGCACGCUGCACAGAAUUCAGUUCUUGAAAAUUGAAGUGGCCCCUGUGAUGGACUUGCGGGUGACUCCAACUACUGAAGACUGCACAGUCGAGAUGUUGUCUUGCAGGUUUGAGGGCUCAGAAAUUGUGAAGCAGCAAAAUAAUCUCUUUUCAGCAUUUAUGAGAAACCAUAUAACAUGGGAUACAGUUGGUUACGAGCCAUGCUUGGAUGUAGAUGUUUCUUUGAAAGUCACCCUUGAGGUUUAUACAAAGCCAUUCAGCUUGCUUCCGAUAUCAGCGGUAGAAAAACCAGGAAACUUGCUUAUGCAAGGUCUAUUGGACAGACUUGUUCCCUUGCUUAUUGAGCAGCUACUUAGAGAUUACGAAGCAUGGGUUAACGAGCAACUUGCGGAGUCUUCGUAGUUCUCCCGUACAUUGUUGAAUCUAAACAAUUUCUGCAGAAAACCUACAUAGAGAAUUCGUCAAGUGUGUUUAAUGCCGAUGGCAAGUUUUGCAGUUGCUGCCAUGGAAAAGAAAUAAAGAUAUUUUCAGUGUACCUGUACAGAUGUAUUAUUGGAUCUCUUGUAGUCAUGUGCCCCAGAUGUCUCACAGUUAUAUAUCUCUUAAUUUUGUCGCGCGUAUAGUUUUACAA